GAGAAACUGAAAGUCCUUUCCCAAAAUGCAUCUCAAAAUCCGCUCUGCCACGGAAUCUGACCUGCACCAGAUCCACUCGAUCUUUACCCACUACGUACAAAAUACUGUCGUAACAUUCCGUGUCAAUAAGCCACCAUUCUCAUACAUAGCGAGAAGGUUUCAUGAAGCACAGGAACGUGGUUUACCCUAUCUUGUUGCUGUGGAGAAGUCUAACCAAGAUAACCCCAGUCAUGAAGGGAAUACGACAGAAAAAGUCUGUGGAUACACUCUGGCUUCGGCCUUCAGAGGUUACAUGCUCGCAUACGCACCCACAGUUGAAAUGUCUCUCCUUGUCCACCCUGAUUACCAGUCACAAGGGAUAGGAAGUGCCCUCCUCUCGUCGUUGGUGGAAGCUCUGAGUGAGGCAAAACAUUUGUCCUAUGAAGUCGGCGAUGCAGACUCUGAAGCGCGUCUUCACGAAGCUGUGAAUGUGAAGAAUAUACUGGCUGUUAUGGCCGUCAAUCCGGAAGGGAAAAAUGGGGGCGAAGGCUUAAGAGAUUGGUAUGUCCAAAGGGGAUUUAUAGAAAGAGGGAGGAUGCGGGAGGUUGGAUUCAAACACGGUAAAUGGUGA